UAUAUAUAGAUUAGGGCAUUCACCCUCUACAUGCACCAAAGCAAUUCCAAACGUGGUGGACUAGCUAGCAGAGUCUAAAACUCACAAAAAGAUCGAUCACUGCCUCACUGGUCGACGUCAAUGGAGCACACCGCAGGAAGCAAAAAGGAAUUGCCUGAUCCAGACUUGUUGCAAGACGAUGAGGAAUCACAAAAGAAUUCUUGUGCAGUGAGAGCAAAUGAAAACACCAGAAAGAGGCAUCCGCUUACCGAUAAACCUUUAUUGCAGACCGAGGAAUUAUACGAGUAUGUAAUGAAGACUGGAGUGUACCCAAGAGAACCAAAUCCUCUCAAGGAAAUAAGGAUUGCUUCUGCAACUCACCCUAUGGCUUACAUAGGUACCGCACCUGAUGCAGGUCAGCUGAUAGCCAUUCUCCUGAAACUUGCGAACAGCAAAAACACAAUUGAAAUUGGAGUUUUUACCGGAUACUCUCUUCUCCUCACGGCUCUUACGAUUCCUGAUGAUGGCAAGAUUACAGCCAUAGACAUCGACCGAAAAGCAUAUGAAAUAGGGUUGCCGAUCAUCACCAAAGCUGGUGUGGAACACAAAAUUGACUUCAUUGAGUCCCCAGCUCUGCCUAUUUUGGACAAACUCUUAGAAAACGUAAACGAACAAGACAUAUAUGCAUACAUAUUGGAUUUUUUCAAUGUUUUCCUUCUUCUUUUUGUAAAUUUGAAGUGCUUGAAGUUGGUUUUCAUGCUGCAGCCAGAGAAGGAAGGGAGCUUCGACUUUGCUUUUGUUGAUGCAGACAAGAACAACUACUGGAACUACCACAAAAGGCUAAUGAAACUGAUCAAGGUUGGUGGAUUUGUUGUCUAUGAUAAUACACUCUGGGGAGGGACAGUUGCUUUGCCUGAAGAGGAUGUUCCAGAGCCUCUAAGGGAACGAAGGCUAUUCAUAAUUGAGUUUAACAAAAUGGUUUCUGCUGACCCUGGCGUCGAAAUGUCCCUAGUUCCAUUGGGUGAUGGGAGCACAAUUUGCAGGCGCAUUUGCUAAAUUUGUUAUGCUAAAUAUUUGAGAGUGAAUAACCAUCUAUCGCUUUAUCCUUGUGGAGGGUUUGUAGCUAGCUAGAUCCAAUAGUAUACUAGUUGAUCGAGCUCUUACCCUCACAUCAAAGGCGAGAAUGAGUUAGGAGUUGGGGUAUCUAUCGUGUGUUUCUUCUGUUUAUCUGUUAUUUGAUAUUGUAUAACUUCCCUGGUUUUCGCUUGUUGAAACUUACUACUCAAUGUUGAUUGUUGAAUAAGUGAAUGAUAUUUCAACUUUUCAAGUGUGUUC